ACGAAAUUAACCUUAUUUCUAAACAGUUUCCUUGACUCCAAACUCCUAUAAAACAACAGUUGCCGAGCUCGAAAAUUUGUCGUCAGCUUUUUCAUCGUGCUUAACUGUCACAUGUGUCAAAGUCUGAAUAGUAGAGUUGCAAAAAAAUAAGCCAUGUGUGCAUGAGUCAAAAUUGGAGAGUAAUCAGAGACACCUACGGGCGUAACUGAGCAGCAGAGCGGAGCCCUGAAAACCAAGUGCCCGUGUGCAAGCAGGCAGUCAGAAACGUAUAUCCUCUCGUCUCUCGCGUCCAGUUAUUUAAGAAUAAGUUUCUUUUUGUCGUGUACGAGUGCUGGCGAAAAAAAUAAUCAAUCCAGACGCCCGACUAGCGAGUGAACGUAUUGCACAUAUAAAAUUGCAUAUCGAGCCUUGAGCGCGCGUGAGUGACAAACGGACACACGCAUAUACGUCAGGAAUGCUGCUGCUGCUGGCGAAGAAUUAAAAAGGGCACAGUUCAAUAACAGCAUACACGAAAGAAAGCUAUUUUCGUCCUGAUUGAUCGCGUUAAUAAUUACGCAGUCGACCUUUCUCGUUCAAGGACUUACACGAUCUAUCGCAAUUUCUCUUGUUCUAUAAAAUACGUUGAGAGCGCGGUCCCCGACACAGAUAUACGCACACGCGACGAAAAUGGCACCGGAGAUGAACAACAAGAACCGCAUGAUGGUUUUCAAGAAUAAGGGCAAAGACCAGGAUCCAACUUAGCUAAUUUUGCUCCCACACACCCAAGGGGUUUAAGACGUGUACUGAGUUUAAUGGGUUAACUUGAUACAAAAUGUUAUGAUUCAUGAAACCUUCAACCAUGUGAAAUGAGAAGGAGAAGAAAUGAAGUGACGGUGGAAUUGAGGAAAAACAAGAGGGAAGAAACUCUUCAGAAGAAAAGAAAUGUACCUAUUACUGACUCUCCUGAUGAGGAUGAUAUUGACAGACAGUUGGCAAAAACUAAUUUGCAGGAGUUGGUCUUAAAAGCUGCAAGUCAGGAUCCAGCAGAACAAUUGCAAGCUGUCCAGUCUGCUAGAAAGUUGCUUUCUUCAGAUCGUAACCCACCCAUUGAUCCUCUGAUUGAGAGUGGUAUCCUUCCUAUUUUGGUCAAGUGUUUGGAACAGCAUGAUAAUCCAUCUCUACAAUUUGAAGCAGCAUGGGCAUUAACGAACAUUGCCAGUGGUACAUCAGCUCAGACUAAUGCAGUUGUUCAAGCAGGAGCUGUGCCACUUUUCCUCCACUUGCUGCUUUCAAGCGAGCAGCGUGUUUGUGAACAGGCUGUCUGGGCGUUAGGAAAUAUAAUUGGUGAUGGACCAACACUCAGAGAUUACGUUAUUCAACUUGGAGUGGUGCAACCUCUACUACAGUUUAUUAAACCAGAUAUACCUCUUACAUUUCUGCGUAACGUAACGUGGGUGAUUGUAAACUUGUGCCGAAACAAGGAUCCACCACCACCAAUCCAAACCAUUCAGGAAAUGUUACCCGCGCUUAAUAUUCUCAUCCAUCACACUGAUAUUAAUAUCUUAGUGGAUACGGUAUGGGCAUUAAGUUAUUUAACAGAUGGUGGUAAUGAUCAGAUUCAAAUGGUAAUCGACAGUGGUGUGGUGCCGCGUUUAAUCCCACUUCUCUCACACAAAGAGGUGAAAGUUCAAACCGCUGCUCUCCGAGCUGUUGGUAAUAUUGUUACCGGCACAGAUGAACAGACACAGACUGUCUUAAACUGUGACGCGUUAUCGCAUUUCUCUAAUUUAUUGACACAUCCGAAAGAGAAAAUCUGUAAAGAAGCAGUAUGGUUUCUUUCGAAUAUCACAGCUGGCAAUCAACAACAAGUUCAAGCAGUCAUUGAUGCGAAACUAUUACCUCUAAUUAUUCGUAAUUUAGCUAAGGGAGAAUUCCAAACUCAGAAAGAAGCCGCAUGGGCUAUUAGUAAUUUAACAAUAAGCGGAAACAAGGAACAAGUUGCACAACUGAUACAAGAGGGAGUGAUUCCACCUUUCUGCGACUUGCUGCUGUGCAAAGAUACUCAAGUCGUGCAAGUUGUCCUUGACGGAAUCCAGAAUAUGCUCAAAUUGGCUGGACAGCAAGUAGACGUUGUCGCCAGCAUGAUCGAAGAAUGUAGUGGCUUGGAUAAAAUUGAAUCACUUCAGGGUCACGAGAAUGUAGAUAUUUAUAAAUUAGCUUAUGAUAUCAUUGAGCAAUACUUCUCAGAUGAGGCUGAAGAUGUAAACUUAGCACCGCCGAUUAAUGAUACAAGCUUCGAAUUCGAUCAAUCGGCAAGCAUCCCGAAUGAAGGAUUUAAAUUCUGAGUGGUCCUACAUGUUCCCUACCCGAUUGUGCCGUCCCCCGACAAACUCCCUCCUGGAGCUAUUCUGCUUUCCCUUCUAUCUUUUUUCUACGCCAUCUUAUUGCUCCGGUCGGCACGCACCUAAACGCGACGAAUAAUGCGCUGGUACUGAUUCAUAAAAUUUUAUUCAAAUAAAAAAAAAUAAGAGAAAAAAAAAGAAAUGAUGGGCCCAAACAGAAAAUUGAAAUACAGGCCUUUUUCACAGGCUGUUAUAGAAACGAAAAAAGUUGGCUAUUUGAAUUUCGAUUAUACGUGCGAGCGAAAAGACCUGGGGAAUAAGUCAACGACAACUAUAAAUCGACUGUGUUUUUUCGUUCUUCAUUCUUUUUACAAUAAUUGUCUUAUUAUUUGUAACAUUUACAUCGUUAAACAAGUCUAAUUAAGAUGCUGAUUUGGUUUGGAGAAUUAUUAGCAAUGCUUCUCUUCCGAGCUUUUUUAAUGAAGAAAUUAAUCAUUGUAACGUAUACAGAACACGCGUGAUUAUUAAAUUUUGUUUAAUAGAAAACAACGAAGAAUCUGCAGUUGUUUUUUCUCGUAACGUUAAUUUUUUUAUUUUGUAAAGGCCACCGAAUCUUGGUUCAUAAUGUUUAUGAUCCAUUUGUGUAUAUUUUAGGCAUGAUAAAUUUGCAAUAGGCAUCGAUUUAUAAGAGUAUUGUACAAUUACUUUUUAUUAGCGUAACUAAUAACUACGGGCGUUCUGUAAAAAAGUGCAUGAGCAGCAACAUUAAAAUGUAGCUUACAUUAGAUACCGUAGCUGUCACGAUCAAAUUUCUUAUUCUAUCUGAAAUUAACAAUGUAUAUUUUUU